CAAGCCGAAAGUAGGGCGCUUGUUGCAGCUUUGGCACGAAAUUUAUUUUCCGUGGAAAUUUAUGAUGAGCAUAUUUAACGCAAUUUGAGAAAAUUAAAUCUUGAUUGAAUGAUUGGGGCCAUAAAACGAUCCUAAAUUAAGUUUGUUUAGCUGACAAGGGAUAAGGAGCGCUAUGGCAACGUUUGUUCGAUAGAAAAUUAUUAGUGCGUUAUGGGCGGUAAGGGCAAAAAGAAGAAGGGUAAAGCGAAGAAUGGCGAAAAGAAGAAAGCCCCCAAGGCGAAAAAAGGGGGCCGGAAAGGUGGAAGAUCGAAGAGUUCAAGGUGUACAGUGGAUAUUUUUACAGAAGCCGCCAUGGAAAAUGCAUACACAGUCUGUCACAAUGUUCAAGAUUUAUUAAAAUCAAGAGGAUUUCCUUGGCCUGAUGCCCAGAAAAAGAAGAAGAAAGGCAAGAAAUAAUUUCUUGGAUGUAAUUUUUUUCAUCGUGAUGUGUUAUUUUUUUCACAAUUUGCGCUCAAAGUAGCUAAAUAAAGCGUCUCGAAUUUUUUAAAGUUCAAGUACACAAGGUUUGUUUAUUGGUGUAUGUUUGGUUACAUAGGUGAGAAUAGGAUUGGCUCCACUAAUGUAAAUUUAGCAUAAGCUGCCAAUACAAGUUGCUAUUUUUAUGGACGUAUGUUUUUUUUCAGGGUAUCUGUAAACACGAUUCUAGAAUUUUUACUUAAUUAUGUACUUGUAAUGUAAUUUUCUAUUAAUUUGGAGUGAUUUUAAAAAAUAAAGUACCAAUAACCAGUCUCAAUUUAUUUUUAUUUUUUUUGUAAAAACUGGGAACAAAACAGUAGAGUAACUUAUUUAUUUAUGUGUAACAUUAAUAUAAAUGUAACUACAGUUAAUUAAUACACUCUGCUUAACUAAAUAGUUGCUUAUUUU